CAACGCAGAUAUUAAGCGCCACUCCAUCCAUUCAUAGCUACCAAGGGUAACAUAUCUUUCACAAUUUUGAUGACCAUUCAAGCCUACCAAAGGUCCUCUGUUAUAUGACGUCAUGGCCGACGCAAUUGCGCCUAAUGAACAGCACAACUUUGAGACUUUCCGAGAUUGCUUCAGCGAGCCUGUGUUGAAGGCCUUGUCCAAACCCAUCGACAAGCCCAAGAAGAAAAGAAGACUACCACGCAAGAGUAAGGAUGGCAGAAACGGGAUCCCGAAGAAGAAGGCAAACAUCGAUGCGGGACAGGCCGUCAGCACAGAAGACCAAACAAGUGCAGAAGAUCUCGGCGAUUUCAUCGACUACCUCUCAACCCUCAUCUUCCCCUCCCUCCCCCCGGACUUCCGCAUCCUCUCCUACUCCAAAUACCGCGACGAACCCCACCUCCAAGACCGCUAUUCCACGCCUCUCUCCCACCUCACAGAAACACACUUACUAAAUCUCCUCCCCCCACCCGCCCUCGACUCCCUAACCUCCUACGCCCUCCUACCCGCCGUCCCCGAUCCCCUCGAUCUCCACCACUUCUUCACCCCCGUGUUCACCUCCUACAUCGCCGCCGCGACCGCGCCACCACCUAUAUGGUCCGCCACGCGCACAUCCGCGUGCGAGCUCUGCGCCCGCGACUGGAUCCCGCUGACGUACCAUCACUUGAUACCGAAGAGUACGCACGAGAGGGUGCGGAAGAGGGGGUGGCAUGCGGAGGAGAGCCUGAACAGUGUGGCGUGGCUGUGUAGGGCGUGUCAUAGUUUUGUGCAUAGGUUGGCGGGGAAUGAGGAGUUGGCGAGGGGGUGGUAUACGGUGGAGUUGAUUGUUAGGGGCGGGGUUGACGGUGAGUACAUUGUUAUUUUAGUGAUGGGAAAGGGGUGGAAAGUGGCAGGAAAUGGUUGACUUGUACACAGGAGAUUCGGAGAAGAGGGAGGUUGUGGAGGCGUGGAUUAGGUGGGUGGGGGGCGUCAGGUGGAAGAGUCGGUAGGGGAGGCGGGAGAUCAUGUUAGCAUGCA